CCAACACUUUCAACAUCCGUAAAAUCUAGCCGUUUGCCCUAAGCUCUCUCCUUUUCCCCUCACUUUCUGUUUCCAAAAACAAAAAUCAAAAAAAAAAUAAAAAAUUCUCUGCAAAAAAUGGGAAAACUCAUCUGUGACUCAACAACAUCAUCACCAGUGAUUCCAUGGCGAGAUCCAACCCUUGAUUCCACCGUUGACCAUUCAUCUUCACCGUUGACCACCACCACAACCGUUGACUCCACCUCAUGGGAAAACGUGUCAUCUUUAGAAGACCAACAAAAAAAACACUUAAUAAAAAUCCAAUCCAAAGGUGUGUUAUGGAAACACCCAUUAGAUCAGAACCGUUCAUUAGUUUUCCGUUUAAGUCACGGUGGUGAAGUGGAAUCAGACGGUAACUGUUUAUUUACUGCAUGUGGUAAAUCAAUUGGGUUAACAAAAACGGUGUCGUAUGCUAAAGAUUUGAGGAAAAGGAGUGUAAAGAGAUUCUUGGAAGAUCUUGGAUGUGUUAGUAAUGAAGAGAAAGAAAUGAUAGAAAAUGCAAUUAAGAAUAUGUAUUGUCCAGAUAUGAAAUGUGGUUGGGGUAUACAUGUUGUUCAAGAAAUGAAAAUGUUAGCUAAGAAAGAUGAUAGAGAGAAUCUUGAUUUGGCUAUUAAUGAACUUGUUCAGCUAGGGAUGCAAAGAGAAUUGGCUGCUGAGUCUAUAUACAAAGAGAGGUGCAUAGCUGUGGAUGAUGGGCCAAGUUGGGCCAAGUACAUGUCGAUCUCUGGUUCACCUGAUGACGAAUAUGAUAUCAUCACUUUGCAGUAUACUGAGGAAGGUUUAUUAACUGUAGAUGAGAAUAUUGAUGGUCAUGCGGCUGCAUUUGGAGACGAUAUAGCUAUUGAGUGCCUUGCAACUGAGUUUAAAAGAGAGAUCUUUGUGGUGCAAGCUCAUGGAUCUGAUGCAAUGGUUGAUGAAGAAAAUUGUGUCUUCUUUCUCCCGCAUCGUCCAAGAUGUGAAAUAUGCGAACCCCCUUUCUUCCUUUUCAUGAAAGGAACAGGUUGGUGUGGUGCUGGGGCUGAUCAUUAUGAGCCUCUUAUUGCUACUCCGUCACCUUAUGUUUCCCAGGAGAAGGUAGCGUUGGUACUAUAGUUCAUUAGUUGGGGGGUAUUCUUGUGGUUAGAGAGGUAGUCGCAGUCAUUCAAAGAGAACUAUUUCUCCCCCGGACUCUUUGUUUUUUCAUUGGAAAGAUGUUCCUGAUUCUUUUCUAGGGUAAAGGAGGCAGGUGUCCAAUUGGGACAUCAUUUUUUUGUCGAAAGAGGGUAUGUAGGAUUUGGUCUAUUUGAAGUCCAUCAGGCAGGUGCUGUAUUUCAGGCGCCUUUAGUUUGGUUAUAGUUAGUUAUGUUGCCGGCUCCUUUUGUUGUGCAUUUUUUGAGGCUAGUUGUAGUUUGCUGCUGGGUACUAUUCUUUUAAGAACUGGAAUAGUACACUUGUUUUGUUGUAACUCAUGCUGAAUUCCUAUCUCAAGAAGGAAAUGUCUUCUCUGGAUUCA